UGACUCCUUUCAUACGUUCGACAUAAGUUUUGUUUGGCGCGUACACCAUAGCGUUGCUUGGAAGUUGGUACAGAAAGACGUAGUAGAAUGGCUGGUGGAAAAGCGGGAAAGGACUCUGGGAAGGCGAAGGCAAAAGCUGUAUCUCGCUCGGCGAGGGCAGGGUUACAGUUUCCUGUUGGACGUAUACAUAGACACUUAAAGAACAGAACAACGAGCCAUGGACGUGUAGGAGCAACUGCAGCUGUGUACAGUGCAGCAAUUCUGGAAUAUUUAACAGCUGAGGUUCUUGAGUUGGCUGGUAAUGCAUCGAAGGAUUUAAAAGUGAAGCGUAUUACUCCACGCCAUCUCCAGUUGGCCAUCAGAGGUGAUGAAGAAUUGGACAGUUUGAUCAAAGCAACUAUUGCUGGAGGAGGUGUCAUUCCACACAUCCACAAAUCGCUGAUUGGGAAGAAAGGUUCACAGAAACCGGCAUAAUUGCGUUCCUUAAAUAAGUGCAGUUCCAUUUUUGUGAGGACAAAGACCGUGUUUGUUGGCUGUCUCAUGGCCCAAGGAAGGACUAAAAGAUUGUGUUGUAAUGUAACCUUGGGGAGUGUUUUUGCGAGCGCAUUUUUAUUCUGUAUGCACAGUGUUAGGGGAACUGAAUGAUGGUGAGGAGUGCCAAGUAUAAUGUUGGCAGUGUCUCUUUAAGUCACUUUUCAUGCAAAUAGACCAAAAUAAUAAUUUCCUAAUAAAAUUAGUCAUUUCAUAAGUCUUGCUGAUGUAACCACUGGAAUUUUUCUCAUUUCUACUAGUUACCUGUUUGGCUUAACAGCAUUACUUAUGAAAUCAUGAGUGAAGAGUGUGAACUCUGAAUGCUGAGCGUUUCUAGAAUUGAAUAGUGUUACCUACUGAGGUGAGUGUGUCAUGUUUUAAUGUGAUAUUUGCACCAAUUGUUCCCCUAUCAAAUAUUCUCGCAAGUUCUCAUUUUUCUUUUCAUUAGAUAUUCGUAGCUCCAUUCAUUACAUGAGUUAACAUUGCUGUUGAAAUUGUCGAGUAUUAAGUAUGUAGGAAAUAUAUUCAUUUCAUAAUAAAGUGUAAUUUUUAUAAAAUUAUACUCACUUGUAGUGAAACCUGCAGUAGUAGUGCAGAAGAAUUCCUCUUAAGUUUCUAAUACCAAGAUUUGGAGAGGGACUGUGGAAUAUUUUUAUGAACAACCAUAAACAACUUCAGUAUUGAAUAUCAGUUAGAAAUGCCCACUUAACCAGUUUUACCAGUCAUUUUCAGCCACGUGUCGCACUUUACAGUUUUGGUUUUCAAGAAAGUCAACAUAUGUAAUUUGGUAGAAUGUUGCAUUUGAGGUUCUGAUGAUGAGGAUGGAGAAGAGUACAAUCUUCUGGGUUGUAGUUCAGCAAGCCCUUUUCAGAGGAGGGUAUUGCCUUCAUUUUCAGGGUCGAGUGAGCCACAUAAGAAACGGCAGAAGCAGGCGAUGGACUGAGUAGUUUUUGAACUACAUGGCAUUGUAGUCCAGAAGGCCAUACUCAUAGGCUGGUAGAAGUUAGAUGUUUGAGAGGGAUGUACUACCUCCAUUGUCAGGUUCGAAGUGCAAGCAGAACAUAGCUUGCGGCGUUCUUGGCUUGUUCAACCCUGAAGGUGGAGUCAUUAUAUUUCUCCAGAACACUGGUAAACUUUACGAGUCUACAUGGCCUCACAUCCAAGAAGACUCACUGCCAUGAAAGUCUCCAGUGCUUUUGCCAUAGGUGACCUUGACAGCCCUGUUGGAAAAAUAAUUUAAAACCCUCAUGCCUCUCUUGAAACUGUUUUCCCCUUUGAUUUUAUAUAUACAAUUAAAAAUAGAGCAAUAAAAUUAGUUUUGUUUUGUGACAACACCAAUUUGACUUAGUCUUGGGAAUGUUAUUUGUAACAAGUGCCUACAAAUGCCAUGUAGAGUGAAACCUUUCCAAAAGGUAACUUGUAUGGACCAGGAUAUCUCAUUGGUGCACAAAAAGGUGGUCAGUUGUGUAAAAUAACCUCUCAGAUAAAAGGUAAUGUUAUCUUGGUACUUAAUUUAUGUAAUUAUGUACUGCCAUGAGGCAUAUGGGGAGUGGAUGUAUAGUUCCACUAUUCUUGACUUCAGCACCUGGUGGAGGUGACUUAUAAGCUUCAUGCCCCUGCCACUUUACCCCUGUGGUUAUGGCCUCCAAUGCCCAUUGCUUAGGAGGCUGUUCAGAGCUCUAUUGAGAAGAAAAAUCUCUUUGCUGGUAAACAUCCCAGUUAUGCAAUAGGUUGCUACAACUGAAGUGUCCUGGGUCCUGAAAUUAUCUCUUAAGAGACAAACUGGUAACAUAAAUUGAAGUAAUUGUGUGAGAUUGAAUAUGGAUAUUUAACAAACUUAAAACUAAUAAUAGUUUUGUACUGUAUUGCCUGGACCUGCACCUAUUUUUUUUGUUUAAAAUAAGUCAUGUUUGGGCUUGCUAAAAGUUCAUCUUGUUUGGAAAUGUGAUAUCCUGGACAGUUGUGUGAUAAACAUUUGUUGUGAUGCUGCUUUAAGACAAAAUUUCAAUUGAUUCCAAGGAUCAAAAACUGUAAGUUUAGUGUUAAAAGAGGUCACCAAGAUGCUAAAUCUUAGAAGAAUGUAGUAAAGAGAGAAGAGUACUGAAGUUAAAGAGAGUGGCUUAGUUUGAAUGUCUUAUUACAAGAAAUCUGCAGAAAAUAGGAAAUGAGGACACAGUGAGAGCGUGGGAGUGGUGUAAGUGGUCAGUGAAGGAAGAUCCUCAAUUUCAGGAGGAAUACUUCAAGCACAAGGAAAGAAACUAGCAGAAAAGUUGGGUGAAUGUGACCAAAGCCGUAAAUAGAUUGAAAAAAUUUAAAAUGUAGUUGGGAAACAAUAUGUGAUUGAAGAAACUGAUUGAACAGCUAAAUGUUUAUCUCUUGCCAAAGCGUACGAAACCAGACAAUGCUGAUGGUGAUGUAACUGGCUGGUGUCACCAGGCAUUCCCAGUAAAACUGCUUCAAAGGUGAAAAAUGUGCUGUUAGUAAAA